AUGGGUAGAUUUUCAAUACCCAAGUUGGGGUUUAUACUUUUAUGCUGCUUAGCAGCUGUUACAGAAGCAACGUAUGUGAAAUACAAAGACCCAAAGCAGCCAUUUGGUGUUAGGAUCAAAGACUUAAUGAGUAGGAUGACUUUGGCUGAAAAGAUUGGCCAAAUGACUCAGAUCGAGCGCACAGUUGCUACCCCAGAUGUGAUGAAGAACUACUUUAUUGGGAGUGUUUUGAGUGGUGGCGGGAGUGUACCAGCUCCUAAAGCUACUCCGGAAGCUUGGAUCGAGAUGGUAAAUACCAUGCAAAAGGCGGCUUUAUCCACCCGUCUUGGUAUUCCGAUGAUAUAUGGGAUUGAUGCAGUCCAUGGUCACAACAAUGUGUAUAAGGCCACCAUUUUCCCUCAUAAUGUUGGUCUUGGAGUGACCAGGGAUCCUCAACUUGUCAAGAAGAUUGGAGCUGUAACUGCUCUAGAAGUUAGAGCCACAGGAAUCCCAUAUGCUUUUGCCCCAUGCAUAGCGGUUUGCAGGGAUCCGAGGUGGGGUCGAUGCUAUGAAAGCUAUAGCGAGGAUCACAAGAUUGUUCAACUAAUGACCGAGAUUAUACCUGGUUUACAAGGAGAACUCCCUGCCAAUUCUAAAAAGGGUGUUCCUUUUGUUUCUGGAAAGGACAAGGUGGCAGCCUGUGCUAAGCAUUAUUUGGGAGACGGAGGUACGACAAAGGGCAUAAACGAGAACAAUACAGUGAUUAGCAUGAACGGAUUACUCAGCAUCCACAUGCCUGCGUAUCUUAACUCUAUUAGAAAGGGUGUCGCAACAGUUAUGGUAUCCUAUUCUAGCUGGAAUGGGGUAAAGAUGCAUGCCAAUCGUGAUCUCGUGACCGGAUUCCUGAAAAAUAAGCUCAAGUUCAGGGGUUUUGUUAUAUCAGAUUGGCAGGGUCUUGACAGGAUUACUUCUCCUCCACAUGCUAACUACUCAUAUUCUGUGGAAGCUGGAGUUGGUUCCGGGAUUGAUAUGAUUAUGGUUCCUUAUAGCUUCACAGAGUUCAUUGAUGACUUAACCUAUCAGGUUAAGCACAAUAUCAUUCCCAUGAGCCGGAUUGAUGAUGCUGUAAAGCGGAUUUUGAGGGUCAAAUUUGUGAUGGGUCUCUUUGAGAAUCCAAUGGCUGACAACAGCCUGGCCAAUCAACUUGGGAGUCAGGAACACCGGGAGUUAGCUAGGGAAGCUGUGAGGAAAAGUCUUGUCUUAUUGAAGAAUGGUGAGGCUGCUGAUAAGCCAUUAUUACCCCUUUCAAAGAAAGCAACUAAGAUACUAGUUGCCGGAACUCAUGCUGAUAACUUGGGCUAUCAAUGCGGCGGAUGGACCAUUACAUGGCAGGGUCUUAGUGGCAAUGAUCUCACAACCGGUACAACUAUCCUCCAGGCUAUUAAAAAUACGGUUGAUCCGAGUACUCAAGUUGUCUACAGUCAGAACCCUGAUGCAGAGUUUGUCAAAUCCGGAAAAUUUGCUCAUGCCAUUGUUGUCGUGGGAGAACCCCCGUAUGCAGAAACAAACGGCGACAGCCUGAAUCUUACUAUAUCCAAGCCUGGUCCCGACACCAUUUACAAUGUUUGUGGGGCUGUGAAAUGUGUAGUUGUCGUCAUCUCUGGCAGGCCAGUUGUCAUGCAGCCAUAUCUCUCGUCGAUCGAUGCACUUGUAGCCGCUUGGCUUCCGGGGACCGAGGGCCAAGGUGUUGCUGAUGUUCUGUUCGGCGACUACGGGUUCACCGGGAAGCUGGCGAGGACAUGGUUCAAGACCGUGUACCAGCUCCCCAUGAACGUUGGUGAUCCACAUUAUGACCCUCUCUUUCCAUUUGGCUUUGGUUUGACCACUAAACCUACGGGGAAGAACUAAUGUCACCUAGAGCUUGAAUUUUGCUGCUUUACAUGGCAGAAACUUAUUAGAUUAUUUUCCCUCUGUAUUAUUUAGAGGUGUCCGCUGGACUUGAGGCUUUAUUUAUCAAUGUUCUGGGUUAUAAACCAGAUUAUGAUCUUACCAUUAACUGAUAAAUGUACUUUGGUUCAUUUUUCAGAACUGGUCCUUUAUUGCAUUUUUUACCUCAAACUUUUUUUUGACA